CUUAACAAUCUUUGAUUUUACUAUGGUAGACGUUCUCCCAGCUGGAAAACCUAAACCCGUCUUCUCCAUAGGUUGCAAAUGUCAUAUUUACAAACGUGCCAUUGUUUUUUUAAAAUAACUUCUUAAUAGGUCAUAUCUUAUAGGCCUAAUAUGCACUAUGUAGGCAGGCUAUAGGAUCGGUGACAGCGCGAAGAAUAACGGAACCUUGGUUCCUAUGAAAUAUGCUGAUAUCUUGUGUCAGGCAGAUUUUACCCUGUCGAUUAAGCCUACCUCUGAGAUCUCAGGGGAAGAUGGAUGUCCCUGCUUCCAGUCCCACCUAUGGCCAAGAGGGGUUGUGGGGUUGUUAUUAUGGUUGGGCCCCCUCAGCAACAACACCACCACAGCUUAACUCCCCCGCAGGAUUCUCAAACACCUUCCAGACACCAUACCAGUGCCAGACGAGUACCUGUCAGGCUGGACCUGCAGCUCCACAUCCAGCCCCUCAUCCUCCACCAGUGGGUCAGCCUGGACCACCACCUAGACUCCAACCAACAGGCUCUGGGGGUCUGGAGAGACCGAGCCACUGGAACACUAACUAUCAGGACCAGAAUGGUGCUUUGUUGAGGCCUGCUGCUGAUACAACAUGCAAAGCCCAGUCACCCUCAGAGAAAGGCACACAACCUGGGAGUAAGCUGUCGAGUCCAAGCUCAGAGUCUCGGUAUGGUCUGGACCCUCAGCUUCUUCCCAGUGCUGUCCAGGUGUUGCAGGAGGACCAGGUGGAGUGGAAGGGGAAGACGUUUGUGUCUGAACCACCAUCAAGUCUUCCCCCUCUGUCAACCACUGACUGCAUUAUAGAGGACAAAGGUAAUGCCAGCCCUCGGUUCAUCCGCUGUACCACAUAUAGUUUCCCCUCUGAGGCCCAGUCUGCCCAGCAAAGCCACCUGCCCCUGGGCGCCAUCUUGGCUCCUCUGGCUAAGCAGCACAAAGCAGAGCGCCCCGUGCCCGUUUGUGACGAGGGCGAGUGCCUGAGAGGCUGUGUGGAGUGUGGUGCCUACAUGUGCCCUUCCAUGACCUGGCAAGACUGCGGGCAGCGGUUCCACUGCCCCUUCUGUGGCAAAUACAAUGAAGUGGCCUGGCAGCUCUACCAGCCCACAGACUGCCACAGCCGCAGGGCAGAUGCAGACAAGAGACCAGAGUUGAGUUUGGGCUCCUAUGAAAUACUUGAACGAAAUAAGGAGGAAGCGGCCAGUCUUCUCCUGGCUGUGGAUGUGUCGGACACUUCCCUGACAGUCGGCCAGUUAGAGUCAAUAUGCCAGCAACUGCACACACUCCUGGACACUGUGUAUAGGGAGGAAGACACAGAGCAGUGUGCCCUGCGUGUGGGACUGCUCACCUACGACCACAGAGUUCACCUCUACAACCUGAGUGCAAGCUUGUCCCGCCCACACAUGCUGGUCGUCACUGAGACGGAUGAGCUGGAGCUCCCUCUGACCGAAGGCCUUCUGGUUCCCCUCAGCGAGUGUAAACACAUCAUUCAGAGCGUGCUGCAGCAGAUCCCUUUAUUUACCUCAGAGUCCCAGGGUUCUGCCUCCUUACCUCACGAUACUGUCGUCUCCAUGGGACUCAAGAUCCUGCAGGCAGUGGGCUGUCCUGGGAAGCUGCUGGUGUUCCACUCGUCUCCCCUCUGCGAGAGUCUCAGCAGACCCGCCUCCUCUGGCUUCUUCAACUCCAGCAAACCAAAGUCACUUUUCCAGUCAUCUGAUUCUGCCGUUUCAUUGGCCAAGGCAUGUGUCAGUCAAGGCUGCAGCGUGCAUCUUUUCCUGUUCGCUCAGCAGGAUGUGGGAGGGGCUUGGCCAGGGGACAUCCCCCACUUGACAGGUGGUGGACUGUACUACUACAAUAGUUUACAGUCGAAACUGGAGAAGGAGCAACUAAACUGUGAUCUGAAUAGGAUAGUAGAGACAGUCACGGCAUACAAGGCCCAGCUUAGAGUCUUCACCAGCAAAGAGCUCAGUGUGUCCGGUUGCUAUGGCUCAUUCAUCCCCAGUGGUUGUCCAGGGCUCGUUGCCAUGGCUGCCCUCGACUGGAACACGGCACUGGCCCUGGAGUUCACCCACAGCCGACCACUCAGUGAGGCACAAGGCGUAGCCAUACAGGUUGUCCUGUCUUACACGGAUCCUCACGGGGAGAAGAGAACCAGAGUCCACAGCCUGAGUCUGCGUUGCUCAGCCUCCCUCCUGGAGAGUUUCCGAAACAGCCAGGCCGAGACGGUUCUCACCUUCUACUGCAAGAAGAUGUACUGUGCAGUGGUAGAGCGCCCUCUACAGUGCCUACGGGAGGAACUGCAGGCUGAGGUGACUGAGUUACUGGCCUGCUACCGCAAACACUGCAGCUCCACCCCAGUGUCCUCAGGACAGCUUGUCCUGCCUGCGUUCCUGAAGGUUCUGCCGGUGUAUGUAAACAGCCUGAGGAAGAGCGAGGUGGUGUUGCCUGGCAUACGCAGCUCAGUCCAUCAGCGUCUUCUGCUGCGCAGCCGCAUUCUCUCCAUGGACACCAAGACCACAGUCUCCCACUUCUACCCCUGUGUUCUCCCUCUGUGUGUGGGUGAUGAGCGCCCCCAUGUGGGAGAGGUGGUGCGCUGCAGUGCCUCCAGCCUUGACCCCAGUGGUCUGUACCUGGCCUACUCCCCCUCAGCCCUGGUGCUCUGGAUGGGCCAUGGGGUCUCCAGGCAAGCCCUGAUGGAGCUCUUCAGCAACUCUUGCUUCUCCUCAGUCACGUCAGGGGAGAUAAAAAUGCCUAUACUGGAUACCCCCCUGUCAGUCCAUGUGAGGACUCUAAUAGAAACUCUACAGUUAAACUCACCCUUCACUGCAUCGCUGAAGGUGGUUAAGCAGGGUGAUAGCUGUGAGGACACCAUACAGCGUCUCCUCGUCGAGGACAAGAGCCCCAACGGCGGAGCCUCGUACGCAGACUUCCUCUACCACCUCCACAUCAACUCCCUGCGUCUCCUGGUAUGACACAGUCUCUACAUCUCUCUGAGUGAAGACACAGACUGUGACUCUUCAUUGUGUAAAUCACUGUAAUGUGGAAUACAGUAUGUACCCAGUUCUUUGUAUCCUUGUGAAUGCAUGUGAAUAUUGUAAGCAAUAACAUAGGUUUUAAUGGGAUUCUUGCCAAGAAGUAGUUAAGAGUAUGUAUGUCAAUGAUUGUACAUAGUUUCAGAAGUGUCUUGUUCACCCUUUGACUUGCUACUUGUUUUAUUUUAUAUUUGUAUUUAUUGCCUCUUCUGAUUUUGUUGAAAUGUACAGCUGAAGUUGCACACUGUAAACACUGGAUUUGCUUCCCUCAGUUUGUACUGUUAAUAAAUGCUCCAUUCAAGUCAUA